AUGUUGACAUCAAAAAGUAACUCCUCCAUAUAUUUUUUUGUUGAUGGUACCAUUACUAUUUUAAUUAUGAGGCUUAAUAAAUCCAAAAGAAUACAUUUCAGAAAAAGAAAGUGCUAAACAAUUUUACAAAUAAAGUAAUUUAUUUUGAAAUAUUCAUAAGGUUAAAUACUUCUAUAGUUAUCUAGAUUAGAAGAGGCAAUGCAAUACGUAAAUUAAGCUAUCAAUAUUGAUCCAUAAUAUGAAGAUGCGUAUUAUUUAAGAGGUAAUCUUUCUAAAUAAUCUAAAUAGGAGAUAUAUAUCGAUUAUAGAAAGAUCUUGAUCAGGCUUUGAAGAAUUAUGAAGAGUGUGUUAAAUUAAAAACCUAGUCACAUUUUGUUUACUACAAUAUAGGUAUCAUAAUGUAGUAAAUUUUAAGGGUUAAUAUUAAAUGAAAUGAAUAAAAAAGAAGAUGCGGUCAGAAAUUUUGAUAUUUCAUUAUAAUACUAAAUAAAAUAUGAAACUUUAAUUAAUAAAGGAAUUUUAUGUUUAGAACUUUGUAGAUAUGAAGAUUGUAUUUAAAUAUAUGAUUUAGCAAUAUCAUUGCAACCAGAUUGUCAUAUAGCUUAUUAUAGUAAAGGUAAUUUCCUUUCAUAAUAGAUUAGGAUUCACUCUAUUUAAAUUAUCAAAAUAUGAAGAGUCAAUAGAAAAUUACAAUAAAGCUUUAAAGCUCAAUCCACUUUUGAUUAAUGGGUUUAAUAAUAAAGGUAAGGUAUUUCAAUAGUUUUAGCUGUUUCAUUGAGUAAAAUUAAUAAAAUAAAUGAGGCUAUUGAAAAUUUAAAUUAAGGAUUAAAAUUAUCGAAAAAUGACCCUGUGAUUAUCUUUAAUUUAAUUAAAUUAUAUAGAUUAACUAAUAAUCAUGAAAAAUACAAUUAAAUAAGAGAAAUUAUUAAAAAUGUUUAACCUUAAUGGCAAGAAUUAUAAAUAAUAGAGGAGAUAGAAAAUUCAUUAUAAGAAGCAAAAACUGAACUUCAAUUCAUUCUAUCCUCAAAUGAAAACUUAUUUGAUUAAAAAUUUAAAGAAUUUAAAACUAGAUUAGAUAUGGAAUAUCGAAAUCUUUGGAAUUAUGAUUUAGAAUUUGAGAAAACAAGUUCCUUAUUUUCUUAUUAAGAUAAAUAGAAAAUUGAAAAGAUAGUUUAGGAAUCUUUAAAUACUGAUGAAUCAAUUAUAAAGCAUAAACUUCUUUAACUUGAAAAUCGGAUUUACUUUUAAUCAUUAUAUUGGAGAUUAAGUAAUUAUAUUAAGAUUGCUUAAAAAAUGUAUUCAUUUAGUGGAAAUAAGAAAUUAUAAGAAUGUAUAAAUGACGUAAAUAAAUCUCAAAAACCUUUGCUCCCAGUAGAAUUAGAUCGUAUGUUUUUUGAAAACAAAAGAUAAAAAUAUUAGAAAUUUUAGAUGUAGAACACAUUUUCAUCUUAGAUUCUUAAUAAUACUGCCUCAGAUGCACAUCUAAGAUUAAUAAGAGAUAAAUUAAGAAAAACAAGUAAAAAAAUAUAAAUAACAAAAUCAUUUUCAAUUUCAAAAUCAUUAGAUUCAAAAAAAUCCAUUAUUUCAUCUAAAAAUAAAAAAAGCAUAUCUUAAUUUAAUGAAGAACUUAGCAAUAGUACAUAAAUUUUUAUUGAGUAUAUUCCUAUUAAGAUAACAGAAAAUGUUAUAAAUGAAAUUAAUUUGAGUUUAGGAAUAACAUCAUUUUCUGAUUAAAAAAUUGGAUAGAUAUUAAAAGUUUUUGCUAAUAAAACAAAAAAUGAUUAAUAGUUGGAAGUAGAAAUAUAAAUAGCUGCAUUGUAAAUGUCAAGUGCUCUUUCAGAAAUUAGAUCCUUAAAUGAAAAUGUUGAAAAAAUUUUCCAAUCAGAAUAAAUGUGCAAUGCUAAUUUAUCAUAUAUUUCUGGUUAGAAAUGGAUGAUAGGAAUAGAUGACACUAUUUAAGUAUUAAGAUAUUUCUAAGAAUAAUAUAAAACAUUAAUUGAUCCUUAAUCAUCUUAACUGCAUUUCCAAAUUAUGGCAAGUUAAAACUAUUCAGCUAAAUCGAAAACUUUAAGUACAAAUAAAAAGAACAACUAAGUUGAAAGAACUUAAGAAAGUUGUGCAUGUUAAGUUUUUUGA